AUGAACCCUCAACUUCCAAAUUCCAGGGUAGGCAGGAAGCCUUUCCCAGCCCUCCGCCGACCGUCCUCUAUCUCCGGAUCCGCGGCUCCGCCCCCCACUCCACCCGAACCACCUACCCCACAACGCACCACUAAGAAAUUCUAUAUCUCGACCACCUAUUCCACCAUCGCAGCAAGAGCCCUGUCAUUCCGUGGACAAGUCCUGAGUGGCGUCGCACCACUUCAGCUGGCCAAGAAUGGCUUCUACUACGAGACCUUCUCCGGUGGUGGGCAGGCUUGCUGCUUUGCGUGUCAGUCAGCCAAACGCCUCAACAGCUUCACACACCUACCUUUUCAAAUGAUACAAGAACUACAUAAAACGGACUGCAUAUGGAAGGUCAUCUGCAGUGACUUGAAAGAACAUCUCGACUCCACCGACAUGCUCUCCUCUUCCACCGACAUUACCCCUCCGCCUCACCAGUCAGCUCCGAGCCCCUUUCUCUCCUCGAAGAGCGAACAACCCAAGAAGACUACCGACGCUAGUACACAAACACAAGCCAACCCAGCACAAAUUGUGCUUCCUACAGCAGAGGAAUGCUCUAACGACCCUUACGCUCACCCGCCCUCUACUACAACCGACCCAUCACGUUUACCUUCACCAACCCUCUCGCCUCAGCCUCCCCAUCCGACACCAACCACUACUACCAUACCCCUAAACCAUCAGCCAAGCUAUGCUUCGGUCCUCCAGCAACCCACCACGACUUCACCUCAACCGACUCCUACACCCCAAGAACCUGUCCCUCCCACUAGACCUAUACUCACAAUAGGAGAUCUUCACCGCCGAUUCUACAACAAACCAUCACCUUUCCAAAUCGAGUCGAAGACAAGGAAAUUCUCAGCUAGUCAAAUUAGCAACAAACCUGUGUCCGCAACAAAGUCGUUGUCCAAAUUCCUGAAUUCAGCAUUGCCGGCAUUUUCGCGCUUCUUAGCAGAGAUGCAGCCAAAUCCGAACACUCGUCGGUCUCAUUCGCAAAUUCAUUAUAGUCGCGCCAUGCAGGCAUCCUAG